AUGACUCCGAGAACCGAAAGUUAUAUCGAGUUUAUCAAGUUAAGUUAUGAAUCUCACGAUUUCAGUAUGAAUGAUAUUGAAACAUAUAUUGAAACGUUGAUAACAUACAUGAACAAAUAUUCAUACGACACAUAUUGUCAUUCCUUGGUUGAAGGUUUUCUUCUUAAUCUACGAUAUCAGAUUGUGAAGCUUGGCUACAUUCCUCCACAUAAUAUUAGUAUAAAAAGAAAUAUCUAUAUGUUCUUUACCGAAUUAAUACAAUAUCAAUAUCAAUAUCCUCCUGAUGAUUUUAAGCAAGAUUGUUUAAUACAUGCAUAUAAAACUAUAGCAAAAAGUUUAGUUAAAGAAGGAGGAAUUAUUGAAUUAAUUGACACUGAAGAAUCAACAAUGGAAAUAUUUAAUAAACAAUAUAUUUCUGAUUUAUUUCUUAAAUAA